AUGGUCCAUCUAAUCCUGACGGGGGCAACGGGCCUCGUCGGGUCCGCGGUCCUCUCCCACAUCCUCAGCCUCCCCGGGGGACUGGUGACGACGGCGGGAAACGCGACGACGACGACGCAGAAGAUCUCGAAACUCACGAUCCUGUCGCGCUCCACGACAAUCCCGUUACUCAGCAGCACGCCGCCGCCGGGGACGCCGCGCGCCAACACGGCGACGGAGAUCGAGGUGGUCGCACACCACGACUUCUCCGUCUACGAUGGCGAUGUGCUCGCGAAGCUGCGUGGUGCCGACGCGUGUAUCUGGGCGCUGGGGAUCAGUCAGAACGACGUCGACGCCGCAGGCUAUGUGACCAUCACGCGGGACUACACGCUCGCGGCGGCCAAGGCGUUCUCUACGCUGCGAGCACCAGCACCAGCACCCGGACCGGGGCAGGGAUCAUCCGAGUCCAAGACUUCAUCCGACGACAAGAAAUUCAAAUUCAUCUACAUCUCGGGCGAGGGCGCGACGACGACGCCAAGAUGGUACACGCCGCGGUUCGGGCGCGUCAAGGGGGAGACGGAAGCGGCUCUGCUGACGCUGUCGCAGCAGUCCCCGUACCGCGACGUGCUGGCCGUGUAUUCUGCACGGCCGGCGGGCGUGGACGGGCUGAGGCAGCCGUGGGUGUGGGAUCCGGUGAUGCGCGAGAAGCGCUCGGCGUUCCAGCGCACGUAUUUGCGUCUGCUGCUGCCGCCCAUCGCGUGGUUGUUGCCCAGUGCGCAUUCGCCGACCGAGGAGCUGGGGCGCGCGUUGGUCGAGAUGGCGGUUGAUCCGUCGAGGGGGUCUUUUGGGUCCAGUGAGCCGGGUGUUAGUGGUGAGGGGAGGACCUUGGGCAAUGUUAAGCUCAGGAGUUUGGUUGGGCUGUGA